GCAACGUUACAUUACUUCAGACUCACAGGUUUUACAGGCCUUGUACACGGGACCGUUUUAGUAGGGUAAUCAGUUGAUUCUAGCAGUAAACACGAGAAAGCACUGAAGACGCAAAGACAUGAGAAGUGUAUUCCUUAUUGUUGUGAUAGUCGGUUGCGAAAUUCUCGGGGCCAAUAUGUCGUUGGCUGAGCCGGCAUUAAAUCGUUCUUUCGAAUUCGAAGUGCUCGAUCACGGCGCUACUCCGCACCAUGUUUUCGCCUCGUCUUUACGGGGAUCCAAGCGGCGAUGUGCCGCGGGAUGCGCGAAAGAUACCGCGUGUACUCAGUUCUGCUAUGAGCCGACGACCAAGCAGUGUCUGUUGGAAGAUGCUGCUGUGGAAGCCGCUUCUGAAGACGUAGGGGAGACAGCGGAUUAUACCUGCUACACUAUCACUUCAGUGUGUACCAACACGUUCACAAGUGGUACAUAUUUGAACCAUGUGUUCCCUUUUCCCGCGUUCGAUGGUGAAUUCGUCUUGGAUUUUGCGGUCCAGAUCAACGCAGACGCCAUUGUGAGUCUAUCUGUGGAUGACACACACGCUGGCAUCAACUACGAAGUGGGUACGUACGAGCAACGGCUGGAAUAUUUCGUUCUAGGAAAGUAUGGCAACACACUAACGGUCAUUCGCAGAAAGUGGGACAAGGGUGAUUUGAUCGGAAUCCCCGCAGAAGCAGACGGCGUGGUCAGCGGAGAUGAGAUGCGUCGGUUCUGGCUGCGGUACGACCACGGCACCUUCGCCCUAGGCAAACACGAGAGGGCGGCUUAUCUUGAGUGGACCGACCCUACACCGCCGGCUGACACGCCAAGAUUCAUCGGCUUAGGCGGUUGGGCUGACGUUAGUCAUUGGAUUAUUUACAACAGGUGUUCUUAA